GAUAUUUACUCCAUCUUUCGCAUCUCUGUGUUCUAAUCCCAACCAAUGCUUUAUUUUUUGUUUGUUUUUUUGUGUUCUACUCAAUAAUUAAUUAGGUUUUUCCCCAUUUUCGUGGCCUCAGAUUUGUUUGCAAUUUGUCUGCACUAUUGUGAGGUUUUGGAUUUUUUGUAUUUAUACUGCAAGAUAAUUCGAUUAAUUAUGUGAUCUUGAUGCGAUUCUAUGAGUUCGAAUCGAUCCGAAGCGUGUUUGUCGCAUCUGCUUUGUGAUGCAAAAUGAUUGUCAGAUCUGGUCCAUUUUUUGUUUUCCGAAACGGUGGAUUGGGGUUGAGUAGGUGGGUAGGUCAUUGGUGAGGUGAGUAGGUGAGUUUUGUGUACACAUCUCUGGAAAUCUGUAUUACCACUCUCUCUGAUUUUGGUCAAUCGCUCCAAUAUUUGAUUCAGCUUUUCAUUUCUGAUAUGAAUUAUUGCUUAGCAAUGGAAUCAAACGCAGGUUAAAGCUCAUUAGCCUAUGGCCUUGAAAGGUACUCGGCAUCUGUGUGUGGUCGAAAACAGUGUUGGAAACUCGGCAUUGGGUAUGAAACAGGCUGGGAUAGAGAAAUUUGAUCAUUGUAGGAUCGGUGAACUUGAUAUGGAAUUCGAAUCUAAUCUGAUAAAGCAUACACAAACAUCGAUCGUAGCUGCUCAUGAGAUCCAUUUUUCAACCUCUGUUAUGCGUUGGUCGUGUAGAAUUCCUAUCGAAGAAGGAUUCUACGAGUUCCUUUAGUUAGCCGUGUUGAUGCUCCGCUCAAGAACACAUUGUUGCGAACGUUGUUUCUGGUUCCUGCUCGUCUAAUCUUCGAUUUGCUGCAAAAUGCCGGGACCUAUUUCUGCAAAGAGAAUCAAAGAAUCAUCAGUUAUGUGUUUCUCAGAUGCUUCGUCCGUUAAAGGCAGCGCCACAAUCUUGGUAUCUAAUGGUAAAAGCGAAUCGACUGUAGUUUCUAAGGCAGUCGAAGAUUUUCAUAGCUCAAUUCUGCCUGGUCUGCCCGACGAUGUUUCAAAAUACUGCCUUGCUCUUGUGCCUCGAUCCGAUUUCUCGGCAAUGGGCGCCGUCUCGAAGCAAUGGAGAUCCUUCAUCAAAAGUAAAGAGUUCAUAAUUGUUCGAAAACUCGCCGGAUUGCUCGAGGAAUGGCUAUAUGUCCUGACUGUAGACGGCGAUGGGAAAGAAAGCCGCUGGGAAGUUCUCGAUUGUUUCGGACGCAAGCACCACGAUCUCCCGACGAUGCCGGGCCCCCAUAAGGUGGGCUUCGGCGUCGCAUCUCUCAACGGGAAGCUUCUCGUCGUCGCCGGGUACUCUGUUCUCGACGGAACCGCCUCCGUAUCCUCCGACGUUUACCAAUACGAUUCGUGCCUCAACUGCUGGAGCAAACUAGCUGGGAUGAACGUCGCGCGGUACGACUUCGCCUGCACCGAAGUGAACGGGAACAUCUACGCUGUCGGAGGCUGCGGCGCGGACGGAGAAGCUCUGUCGAGCACGGAGAUUUACGACGCGGAUGCCGACAAGUGGACGGUGAUCGAGAGCCUGCAGCGGCCGAGGUGGGGCUGCUUCGCCUGCGGGUUCGGAGGCAAGCUCUACGUAAUGGGCGGGCGUUCGAGCUUCACGAUUGGGAAUUCGAGGUUCGUUGAUGUCUAUGACCCGGCGAGCCGGGCGUGGGCGCGGAUGAAGAACGGGUGCGUCAUGGUUACUGCACACGCGGUGGCCGGGAAGAAGCUGUUUUGCGUGGAAUGGAAAAACGAGCGGAAGCUGGCGAUAUUCAGCCCGGCGGAUAACUCGUGGGAGAGGGUGGCUGUUCCGGUGACGGGAAGCUCGACUGUCGGGUUUCGGUUCGGGAUAUUGGACGGGAAGGUGCUGCUGCUGGCGGCGCAGGAGGAUCCCGGAUAUCGGACGCUGGUGUACGAUCCGGAGGCGGGUGAGUGGCGGAGCUGUGGGAUUAAGCCGUCGGGGCUGUGCGUUUGCAGUGUGACCAUAAGAGCGUAAGCUGUUUGUUUGUUGGUUAUUUAUUAUUAUUAUUAUUAUUAUUAUGUGGUAAGGAAGGACGAAUGAUUUGUCUUUGACUCUAUUUAUUGGUUGUUGUUUUGAAAUGAUUUUAAGAUGGUUUGGUUUGGGGUU